UACAUGCAGUUUUUUGUAGGCACAUACCACCUCCUUUGAGUGCCAGUGCAAACUGAUAGGAGAAAUCCUCCAGCAAUUGUACGCAGCAGUUUUGUCAAUCUCUGUGAAGGCCAGGAAGUAAAACAGAAAUUUAAAAAGGGGAAAUAUUUUUAACCUUAUUGAUUAAAUUAAACAGGAAGAACCAUUAUAGUUUAUAGUUUCAGUCUGGACUUCUAAAAACAACCAUCUUAGACAUAUGAAAACUAGAUUGAGCAAUAAACCUGUAUGUAUAAGUCUGGGCCUUAAUCAUAUUGCUGAAAACCUGCCAGACCUAUCAUUUAAACCCCACCCAUAAAUGUGUUGUAUAUGCAACCAGCAACAUAACCUUAUGAUCUGAACACAAUGAUCUGUGCUUCUUACUAAGCUGUUUCACAGCAGAAAGUAUGCAGGUUAGAAUGUGAUUUCCACCUUCUGUCUGCUAAAGAGACACUUCUAAGGGUAAUGUAAUGAUAGUUUGAAGUAAGCACGGUUUACCUUAUUCUUGAAACAAAAAUGCACUUUAAAAAGGUGAUCUGCCUAAAAAUAUUAAAAUACAAAUUGCCAACCAUUUAAAAAACUUAAAGUAGGGAUGCACUGUAGUAAUUGUCUCUUCUGAUAUAGGUAAAGGUGUGACAUGUAUCUGUAUCAGAUCUAUAGAUUAUUUAUAAAGGCACACAGCAUACCCUUUAUACAUGCUGCCCUCUUACUGUAAUGUGUUACAGACCCCAUCUGCAGUGUUACAGGAAACACGGUACUGUGCCUUUGCUGUGUCCUGUGUAAUCCAUUACAGACCCCCCCUGCAGUGUUACAGGACACACGGUACUGUGUCCCGUGAAUCCAUAUCACAGCAAUACAUUUUUCAACAUACUCCUGAUUGCGUGAAGGUUCCGCGGAAUUUCCGACUGCUUGAAGAGCUUGAGGAGGGUCAGAAGGGUGUUGGGGACGGGACGGUGAGCUGGGGACUGGAGGAUGAUGAAGACAUGACCCUCACCCACUGGAGAGGCAUGAUCAUCGGACCUCCCAGGACAAUCUAUGAGAACAGGAUUUACAGCCUUAAGGUGGAGUGUGGGCCCAAAUACCCUGAGAUGCCUCCCUGUGUCAGAUUUGUUACGAAGAUCAAUUUGAAUGGCGUGCACAACUCAAAUGGGGUGGUGGACACUCGAGCAGUGUCGGCCCUGGCCAAGUGGCAGAACUCCUUCAGCAUCAGGGUGGUUCUGCACGAGUUACGACGGCUCAUGAUGUGUAAGGAAAACAUGAAACUCCCCCAGCCCCCUGAAGGACAGAGCUACAGCAACUGAUCCCAGACUUCUCCUCUACCUUCCCUUUACCAGUCUGUUCAUCCUUCCUUCCACCCAUCCACUGGCAAAUAGCAGCCCUUUCCCAGCCUUCUGUGAGGCUUCGACUGCCCUUCCUCCCUGAAGACACCCCAUUGGACAGAGAGAGAGAGAGAGAGGGAUCUGAGGCUCUGCAGUAUAGACCACACCAUUAAAAUACUGUACAUGCUACUAAUCUUUUUUUUUUUUUAAUUAUAAUUAUUAUUAUUAUUUGUUAUGAAUACAAGUUGUACAAUAACAUAAAUCUUGUUGUUAUUGAGUGUAAA